CAAAUGAAAAUAAGUUAAAAAAAAUAUAGCAAAAAUAAAAUAUAAAGUUUUGGUUUCAAAUUUCAGCAUGGAUUAAGUAAUGGAGAUGCCCAAAAUAUGACAGGUACAGUUGUAGUUUCAGAUGAAAAGAAGAGGGCAAACAGACUUUCUGUUGACAAUGGACUUAAGGAAAACAGAGAUCCACAAGUGUUAGUAAGUCAAAAGACGUUGACACCACGGCCUCACUCAAGCAGUAAAAGUCCAAUAGAAGGUUGGGGAGGUGAUGACAACGCUGAGAAAGAUACUGUUGUUGGUAACGGUGUGGAUGAUAGUGCACUACAUAACAAUGUACAAAAUGGUGAAGAGGAGGAGGAAUUCAAAGGACAAAAUGUUUUUGUGACAGAUGCAAUAGAAAAUGGAGACAAUGCUAAUCAGGGUAAAGCAGGUGGUAAUGAUAUUGGUAAAACAGAUGAUGAUAAUAACGUUAAGAAAAAAGACAGUGCUGAAGUGGAAAAUCGGAAUGUUGAUGGUGAAAAAAGUGAUCAUGAAAAAGAAGUGACUGAAAAAAUUGAAAAUUUAGAAAUAGUAACUGAUAAUAAAGCAGCAAAUGCUGAUGGAAUGAAAGAUGAUGACAAAGUUGUGGAAGAUGUAACGAGUGUUCAGAAAACAGAGGUUACCUCAGAACUAAGUGAUAAUGACAAAACUGAAGUGAAAACAGAAGAUUAUCUUGGAAAAUGAAAAAAUUUACUGUUGUACCAAGGACUGUAUUGGAACUUGAUGAGUGGAAAAAGACAGGAAUAGAAUUGGGUUAAUGAUAAGAUGAAAAAUGGGAUUUAUUUCUAGUUUUAGAAAGUGAAGUAGAUAUAAUUAACCUCAAGACAAAUCAGUUGUUGUAUAUGUCAGCUACUGGUGACUGUAGAGUAAAGACAAUUCUAGCUACAUGUGAUAAAUAUACUGUGAUCUUUUUUAUUAUGAGUAUUAUUCAAGAAAAAAAGCAAAAUUUUGUAAUAGCAGGUGUGAAAUGAUGAGUAAUGCAUUUCUAUUUCUGCAUUCUUUGUAGAUGUAAUUUUUGUUCUAAAUUCCACCUAAAAUGCCUGCAUGUUAUUUUAACCAUUGUUUUACUACCCACAGCUUGAUUUUUUAAAUAAAUGAAACUUGUAGGAUAAUUCCUUUAGGCACUGUCAUCAAUUUAGUAAAAGUUCAAAAAUGGUAAUUUUGUAUUUGAAUAACAUGGUAUAGUUAUGAAAUCUUUUUUGUAGAUCUUGAUAACCACUUAUAAAUGGCAUUCAGUAGAUGAAAAUAAUCAGUAUGGAUUAUCAUUUGACAUUGUGUAUUCAGGCUUUACAAUAUGUUUUAAAAAUUUCAUUCAUACUGAUCUCGCAGAUUUAUAAUUACAAACUUAAACAAAGCAUUUUAAUGUCGGAUUCAGACAAAUUGUGCCAAGCUUAAAUCAUUUACAUAUAUGUUGUGCCAAUUGUUUCACAUUUAUGUUGUGCCAAUUGUAAAUGCACAUUAUGUGCCAAGUCUGUAAAUUAUAUUUUUUAUAGAAUUGCAGCUAGUAGGCCAAAUUGUGAAAAUGUCUUUUUUACCAUUAGAUAUAUUUACAUUACAAUUUUAUUUAAUUGUUUCAAAGUUCACAAGACUGCCUAUAAAAAGAAGCCACAGAUAUGAAUUACACCAAAAACUCAUUUUUCCCUAAAACUAUCUUAAAGUACAUGCAUUAAGUCAAUUUCAUGUAUGUCUUUAUUAGACUAAUUUUCAUUGGUCAAUUUUAAAUUUGAUAUAAGAGAUAAACAAUAAGAUGGUUGGUUUCUAAUUCUUAACAAUAUCACUAUUAUCAGAACAUUAGUUGUUUUUGUUAACUGUUUACUUCUGAAAUUCCUUAUAGAUAAAUAUAUUUCAUGUUAUUUAUAUUGUAUAUGUAUGUAUAUAUUUUUUUAUACAUAUGUUAUUUUGUUAUAUGUAACAUUUUGCAUCUUAAACUUUAUUGUUGGGUUAAUGAUUGCAGCAUUUAUAUGAAGUUUACAUAUACAUUAUAAGUAUUCAUUUAUUAUAUAAAUGUAGUAUUCAAUAUACAUAUUUGUAUGUUUGAAUCUGUUUAGUAAAUUUAGUGACUGCUCAUUUUAUUGUGCCACAUUUUCAUUAUUUUGGUACUUACCCAGCAUUAUAAAUCUAUCAUUUCAUAGAUCUGAUCAUGGUCAGCAUUGUUUGCUAUUCAGGCAGUAUUUAUUUUGAAAAUUUCCCUUAAAAUGAUGAAUGGUUUAGUCCAGAUUGACAGAUGGACGAAUCCAUUUAAGAUAUUUAGGUAGGAAAGAGUUAAUGUAUGAAGAAGGAUACAGAAUAUUACUAUUAACAUUAUUCUUAAAGAUCUCAAAUAAAAUCCUGUCAUGACCUGGUCGAAAAGAAAGUUAAAUAUUAUACAGAUCUUAUAACAUACAGAAUAAUUUUGGAUUAAACAACAGUUGAUAAAUGCUGCAAACAAUGAAAACAAGUUAUUACUAAUAAAGAUGACAACUGAAAUUUUACAUUUGCUUUCAAAGUACAUGUAAUAAUAUUUUUACCAAAUAGAUUAUAACCAAACAGGUAUACAUUUUAUACAUGUUUAUAUCAUCAAUAAUUCAGCAUUGCAUUACUCUGAUCAUGUGACAUGACCACCACAAUCUUGUAAAAUAGUCAUGUUCGCCAUUUAUCAUCAUUUCUUCAUUUUCCACUAAGAUAUGUAAUCCACUUUCUAUGUCUGGCCUACCUAUCUUGUUUUAAAUGUAUUAUGUUCAACAGACAAUGUAGGUGAAUAAAAGCAUUUCUUUUUUUUUUUCAAGUUACAAAUAUAUUUCAUUAAUAUUUCACAUAAUAUUUAUUUAAUAGAGAUAUUCAGUUAAGAUUUACAUGUAUAUCAUUUGUAGAUGGCAAGUAAGAAAAUAAAUCAAGCUAUAGGUAAAAAUAUUUGAUCAUUGACUUAUUAUAGUACACUGUGAUAUUCAGUACUUUCAGCACCGUGUUUGAGUGAUUAUUGUACAGAUAGAAAUUUUUAUAUCAGUUUAUCUAAAUGUUAGAAUUGUCUGUGAUAUUGUUUUAAUUGCUCAUAACAAAGCUAUAUUUAUAGAUUGUAUAAUUAUAUACCAUACAUUUCUUUCAGAUUUGUCUGAAAGGGAUUAUUUUUAGAUAUAAAAUUGGUCUUAAUUAAAUAAAAUCUUUAUAUCAUACAAAUAACUUUACUUUUGUUAGUGUGUGUAACAUUGACUGUCUGUAACUGUAUACACUAGGAACCUUGAAAUGCUGAAACAUGGGAACUGUGUUUAAUAAACGUGGCUAUCUGAAUAGUAAAUAAAAGAUUUGUCUGCAACAUCAAAAUGUGAUGAAUUUAGUACCUGGCAACCAGUCUAUGUGAGACUGUUGUCUGGCAACUUGUCAGUGUAAGAAUUUUCCUUGGCAACCAGUAUACUGUUGCUUGGCAACCAGAAUCUAUGUGAGAGUUUCUAGCAACCUGUCAAUGUAAGAAGGUUGCUUGGCAAUUAGUCAAAUUGAGGCUGUUGACACUAUUGUAAUCAUUAAAAAAUUAUUCAAAAGUAAAGAGUAAAAUAAAAUCAUAUAUAUAAUAUAGAUUGACUGGCUUAAUUCAGGAAGCUUUUAGAUGAGGUAAAGUUUUAAAAAUGAAUUUAGAAAUGCUAGUAUAAAAUUAUAUGUAACCAUGACAACCUUAUGUUCCCAGUAUUAUUGUGCAAUCUUACUGUUUGUACAUUUACUCGUAUUACUGUAGUUAUAUGUUACAUUUCUCUAGUUCAAUUUAUUAUCAACCAUCCUAUCAUACAUUUAAUGAAUAUAUAUAUAUAUAUCU